CAAUCUUAAGAAGUCGACAACAGCACCUAAAUAUUACAACAUGAUCGCUUUCAAAACUGCAGCCGUCCUCCUCCUGGCCGCUUUUGCCGCGGCCCGACCAUCAGACGAAUGGGAGCCCGAGGGUCAGUCGCACAGCGAGCACUCCAAGCCGUACCACUACACGGUGGUGAAAAAGAUUGGCGUCCCAAUUCCUCACCCCGUGGCUGUCUCCGUCCCGCAAUACGUCAAAGUGCCCAUACCGCAGCCUUACCCUGUGCAUGUCACCGUGGAGCAGCCGAUUCACGUCCCUGUCUACAAGGUAACUAUAGACAACAUAAAGUUGAAAUCUCCGAGGAGAUAGCCUAGUCUGUAUAAC